UUUGUAAUUGUGCUACUUUAUUGUGACUCUGUCCCCUUUAGAUGUGCCCUACAGGAGCUGCAGGACUUUGGUGUACUAACAGAACAUGUGGUGUACUCUGACUGCCCCAUACCAACCUCCUGUGUUAUCAUUAACACACAGAAUGGCUCCAGGACAAUAGUUCAUGGUGGCAGAAACAUGGCAGAAUUGACAGCAGCAGAUUUCAGCAACCUGGACCUUAAUCAGUAUAAAUGGAUUCACUUUGAGGGCAGGAACACUGCAGAAGUUUGCAAGAUGAUGGAGAUUGUUGAGGAGUUCAACAGGAAUGUAGUAACCCCUGAUGAUGCCAUCACUCUGUCAACUGAGUGUGAGAAACCAAAGUACAACAUGGGAUACCUCAUUCCCAAAGUAGAUGUGCUGUUUAUGUCUAAAGAGUAUGCAGAAAGCUGUGGUUUCUCCAGUGCAGAGGAAACAGUGAAGUCACUGUUGCAAAGAGUAAAGAAAGGGAGCACUGUGCUGUGUACCUGGGGUGACCAGGGUGCAGAUGGCAUCACUCCUGAGGGAACACACUACCAUUGUAAGGCCUUCCCCCCAGAGAAAGUGGUGGAUACCCUGGGUGCUGGGGACACGUUUAACGCUGCUGUAAUCUGGGGCCUCUGUCGAAGCAGCGGUUUGGAGAAGGCACUCAGGCUGGGAUGUAGAAUAGCAGGACAGAAAUGUGGACAGUUUGGGUAUAAAAAUCUGCACAGCUGAUGCAUAUUUAAAACUUCCAAAUUCACUGGUGAGCUUACUAGAUAAAGAGUGGAAUGUGUAAGAAAGGGACAUUUUUGAUUGAUGAAAAUCUACCCUUUUUUAUUUUCCAUGAGGAGGUAGUGAUUUUGUUGUUUUUGGUGUAUUGAAAGAAUGACUAUAAAAUCAUUAAGUAUUUGAUAAACAGUCUAUAUGGUAAAUGUGAAAUAAAAUGAAUUUUUGUGUAGUCCUGAGUCCUGGUAUAGUGAUUAAUAUGUGUUUUGCAUGUUCCUAGAUAUUGCUCACAGAAAAUAAACUCAUGCAAGUAGCUGACAAAAAACUGGAAACAUCGUAUUUUAUAAUGGUACUCAUUUAUGCUGGUUUGCUACAGUAAUAUAUCAAUAUGCAUGUACUGUGUUGUGUUAUUAAUAAAAAGGUAAGGUUUCACCAUUAGAGUCAUUAGCAUAGCUGCAUCUUAGCAAUUGAUACACAGGACGGGACAGGCAAUGGCGCGCAGCCAAAUGUGGUUGUCUGGGCAAUUCCCUUGAAAUAAAGAUA